AUGCAGCGACAACCCCAUAGGCGUCGAAGGCCGGCCUUGUCGUGCCUUGAAUGCCGCCGCCGCAAGAUCAAAUGCAACCGAAAUGAACCCUGCGCUCAUUGUAUCUCUUCUAAGCUGCAAUGCACCUACAAGGUCUAUAGCGAUGAGCCUAUUUCUGCUACUAGCCCGCAGCCUCGCCAGGGCUAUACCCGAGGUGCGGCUCUCAACAAGUUAGCUCAAGCGCCUUCUCCAUUAACCCAGGCUCAAUCAUUCAACGCCCGGGGGCCAAUCAUAGAAGGCAACACUAGCCCACCUGGGGUUCAGACAACGGAAGAAUCAUCGUCGCCGUCUCUAGGAGAGCCAGUUGGGAGGGUAGGGCAUAACAAGAACCCGCCUAUCCUUGGUCGCAUCGACCUCCAACAACCCAAUCCCGCUCUAGAUGUAGAACUGGGUCUCAUCGACAUCUUGAAACGAGGAGUGGGACUGGAUAAAUCAUCAACGUCUAGUCCCAUGAAUGGUCUGACCGAAUCAGGUAGAGACAUCCUCGCGCGACAGCUAGGGUUACGAGAAUCCCAGAUAAUACUGAAUAAAACGAGGAUGUUGGGAUGGAGCCUUCGGAUAGGCACGGCUCAAGAGUUUGCGCCCAUCGUCAACUGUUAUAUCAAGGCUUCCAAUAGUAGAAAGGAAUCCUCACCCCAAGAUACUGAGCUUGGGACGCUGUACUCCCAAAUCUGGGAUCUCCUUCACAAAUGUAAAACUAUGGCACGCCGUACUAAGAUAGGGCGACCUAGCCGAUGGCUCUCUCAUCCCGAGUUUGACCUAGAGCCUCCACCCCGUGAAUUAGCGGACAGGAUGGUAUCUAUAUACUUUAAAUCAUUCGAGUCCACAUACCGCAUACUCCAUGAAUCUACCUUUAUGUCCGAGUACCAGAAGUACUGGGACCAACCAGAAAGCGUCACAACAGAUCUUCGUCUCAAAGUCCUUCUUGUCAUUGGGAUAGGCUCGAGCCUAUCCGAACAUAUAGGGCACGAUGUCGCGCUGCGAAAUAUGGUUAACCAAUAUGUUUACGCCGCACAGACAUGGCUCUCUGGACCUUUGGAAAAAGACCGGUUAGGUGUCGCCGGGGUGCAGAUCUAUUGUCUUACCAUUCUAGCAAGACAGAUCUUCUCAAUUGGCGGCGACUUGGUUUGGGGUUCUGUGGGAUCUCUCAUCCAUAUAGCCAUGCAAAUAGGUUUGCAUCGUGACCCCAAGCAUUUCCCAUCAAUGUCUAUAUUACAAGCUGAAAUCCGUAGGAGACUGUGGGCCACUAUUGUCGAAAUGGUUGUUCAGUCAUCCUUGGAUACGGCAAUGCCACCAAGGAUGACCCUCGAUGAUUUUGACACGGAGGCUCCAUCUAAUGUCAAUGAUGAUGAGAUAGACGAAUCAACCACAACGCUCCGGCCUCAUUCUAGAAGCACUUUUACCACAACCUCUAUCCAGCUGAUUCUAUUCGACCUGUUACCAACGCGCCUUCGGAUUCUUCAUCUGCUGAAUAGUCUACAUGCCGAACUUUCGUAUCUGGAUGCCCUAACAUUAAGCGCAGAGAUCACGGAUCAAUAUCGGAUAUCUAACACUUUUAUGAGGGAAAAUGAACAGUCCGGUGCGACGCCAUUUCAUCGGAAUCUGCUCGAUUACCUAGUGCGCCGAUUCUUGAUCCCCCUGCACUGCCCGUUUGCUAGCGAGGCACGAGUCAACCCUCUGUUCUACUAUUCGCUUAAGGUCAGCCUAGAUUCAGCUCUGUCAAUCAUCUCCCCUGAACCAGACGAAGGCUUCUCCCGUCUGAUGGCUAUCGGUGGAGGCAUGUUUAGGGAGGGUAUCAGAUACUCCAUAACUGUCAUCACACGUGAUCUCAUCGCUCAAAUAGAGUCUCAGCGCGUCGACGGGACCCUACAUCGUAACCCCCAGUAUAUACACCUGCUCAAACAAGCCGUAAAGGGCAUGGUCGAACUGUCUAUGGAGAGGGUCCGGCAAGGCGAGACCAACGUCAAGGGGCCCAUGUUCUUAAGCAUGAUUAUGGCUCAGGCCGAAGCCACAGAAGAGGGUACUUCGUGUGAUCUCAAGGUCGCGCAAAGUGCCAAGGACAGCCUUGAGCUGUGCUAUGACAUAAUGCAGGCGCGAGCCGGCACUAUCUCGUCUCCAGGACCUAACACGGGACUCACUCCGAUGAGUCUUAGCGGCGGACAGGGUGAUUAUGGGUUAGACUUGGAUUUUGACCUGGAUUUCUUCUUCUCGGGUGGAGCGGACUUCUCUUAG